AACAAAUAGGCCCAAAUCAUGUGAAUAAUUCAUAGCAUCAGCCAUUCUAUUCAGAUGACAUCACUGCACCAAGACAGCCAACUUGCGACCGGAUUAUCAACCUUACCCACUUUUAAUAAAGCUGAUUAUAAAUCGAUUACUACUCAAAAGUAAUUUCUUAAGUCGUCUUUCCGUUUGAAGUCGAAAAAAAUUACUUUAGCCGUCUCACUCUAACUCGUGACUAAUCUACGUAAGCAUGAGUGAGACAUACGCAUAUUUGUUCAGUUUACCCGUCUCGUAGAGAGGAUAUUGGGGUCAUGGAACGUGUUUGAAUUUCGAAACACGUCCCGUCCAAUACCGUGCGUUGUUAUUCACUGUUUUAUCAUUGGUUAGGCGGCCCCCGUACCACAAAGUCGGGCCGGUUGUAAAAUCGAUACCGCGCAGUACUGAGAGUAUCGCUUUGCUGUCGCGAGCGGCUGUCGCUGAGGGUUUCAUAGUAGAUCGGCUAUACACUGUGACCGUAUCUUUUAUGUUAUUCGUGCAGCCAUUUCGUUUCGAAAGAUGUCCGGAGUGAGUUUAAUCGUGACGUUUUGAUACGUUUUCUAUAGUUUUUUGACGUUUAAGAAGACACCAUCGCUGUGGAUCUGUUACCAUGCAGCAACCAAUGAAUCAGGCGGAACCCAUAGGGGGUCAGCAGGCCAUGCAGCAGCAGAUGGUGUUGUGUCCGGUUCGAUUCGUGUACGAGACACAAGUGCUGGUCCAACCUGUUCCAGGAGAUCAGAUCCAGCCAAACCAGACCUUCUUCAUCAACCCACAGAACCCACCACCAUGGAUGAACAGGCCGGCACCGAACCCAGUGGUCUACGUCCAGCAGCUGCCCAACAACGUGGUGCACCAGGUCCAACCACAAAUAGACCAGAACCAACUAUACCUCCAACAGAACUUCGCCAACUUCCAACUCCAACAGCACAUGUUGGCCCAAAACCAACAACCCAACCAAGGGAUGCAGAUAGCCAACAUUGUGCCAAACAUGGUACAAACUGUGCAACCAAAUAUGCAGCCAAACGACAGGAACAUGACAGCGACCCCCAACCCCCAACAAAUGCAGACAAACCCACAAAUGAUACAGAAUCAAAUAAACGUACAGAGACAGGUACAGAACCAGCCACAACCCGUAGAUGUUCAAAGGCAGGUAUACAUGAACGUAAGACCCCAAAUGAACCAACAAAUGAACAUAGCCAGGCCCGUCAUGUCGCUAAACCAGAUACAGAACAUGCAAGCCAUGGCCAACAUGCAAAACCUACAAAUACAGCAAGCAAAUGCUGGCCAAACAUUUGUCCAAAACAUUGGGCAAAGAAUGCCGCAAAAUGUGAAUCCUGUCAGACCACAGAUAAUGGGUAACAAUAUGAUGAACGUGCAAAACGUACAAACUAUACCAAACGUGCAAAACGCUCAACCUGUUCAGAAUGUACAAAAUAUACAGAAUAUUCAAAACAUUACCAUGAAGCCUCCGCAGCCACCGUCAGAACCGAACAAAGUGAUGAAUACUGUGGGCACAGCGCCGCCGCAAGUGAGGAACUUUGCUCAGAACUACAACUGCAGACCUAUACAACCGAGGCGCCGGUUCGAGAGCCCAAACGUACCUAAAAUGCAACCACAGCCAAAUAUACCAGUACAACAACCUCUACACAUACCCGUGCAACCCCCUCCCCCACCCACACAGUACAACCAAGAAAGAGCAAACAGCCACACAGUAGUUUCAAAUAUAGCCACAAACACGAACUUCUUAAACAACCCGAAUGUAAGUAGGAAAAGAAAAAGCGAAUCGCCAGACGAAAUAGAACAUAAAAUGGCACCGCAACCGCCACCCAAACCGAUAUACAAGAAUAUACAACAGGGUAUUACUAUUACUAAGAUAUCUAACGAAAUAGGUACGAACACAAGUCCUCAGCAUAGUAAAAGUAAUACGAAUAAUGUUAAAAUGAACAGUACUGCUGUGCAAAUGACACCCGCUCCACAGCUGAUGGUGGUAGAAGCGCCAGAAACAUCGGAUGCUAACAAAAAAAGUAUAAAUGAAACAAGGACUGUGAUAGCUCCCGUUACUGAGAGCGAUAAACUUAUAAGAAACACAGUGUUCACACAAGCUCGAGGCAGAGUUUUACAAGACAAAAUAAAUGAUACGUUACCUAUACAGGUUGUAGAGAAUAAAACGCCAGAAAGUGUUCAAAAUGCGACUGAAACUAGGACUGAUAAUGAGGUACAGACUGAAAAAGACGCGGUAAUGACUGAACCGCCUGUUGAUAAGGUCCAGCCUGAAAAAGCUGUUAGCAUACCACAGACUGAAACCGUGAAAGUUGAUGUAAAUAUUGCUACAGAGAAGAAAGUUGUUGAAGUUAAGAGUGAUGUUUCGAAAGAUGUUGUUAAAAGAGAGGAAGAAAAUAAGAGUCCUGAUAUACAGGAAGGGAAAUUAGUGAUAGAUGAGUCUAAGGAUCAGAUUAUUGAGGUUAAGGAUGAGAAGAUGGACAUACCUGAGAGGUAUCCGCAGAAACAAGACAUACUCACACAUGUAGUCGAUGGUUAUGUUAUUCAAGAGUCCAACUUCGCUUUUCCGAUCAGAAAACCACUAAUAGAGAAGACGCUACACGCCAACCUGAAGGCUGAAUCAGAAGCAACAGAUGCCCUGAAAGAGUGUAUGAAAGAAGAGAUGAAGAAUCCAGAAGUAGACGGGCAAUUGUUACCGUUCCACUAUCUCCUUCUGCACUGCGAGAAGAAGAAAGAAGAAGAGGAAAAAGAGGAUGUCAAGCAGAUGAACCCGUUUGCUGAUUUACAGCAUACCACUGUUAAAACUUGGACGGUGGAAGAUCUCUCCAGCCACCUGAUGAAAUACGAUUGGAAGGACACAGUAUCAGUAUUCCAGGAUCAUGAGAUAGACGGAGAAUCCUUAUUCUUAGUUUCAAAGAACCAACUAGUCAGUAUAGGAGUUACGGAAGAAAAUGCAGACGUUAUCUGUGCAUUCGUCAGAAGCUGAUCAUCAGAUAAUCGGGAGGAAUCGAUCCUAAUCGAUUACGAUUGGGAAAUAAAAUCGAAUUUCAUCCGAGUACAUACUAACAAUCGUUCCUCUCACAAUCGAGUCAACAAUCGUUCAUAUUACAAUAGAUAUUCUAGGAAAUUUAAAUUAAAACUGUCGAGAAUCGGUAAUCGAUCGUUUUAUAAUCGAUUUGUGAAAAAUAGGAGAUAUGUUAAUUCUGUUAUGAAACCAGGGUUUGGUUUAGUUUAUCCAAAGAAUACGAGGAAUUGUGCAGCAGUUGAUAUAUUAAAUAGAGAUAUAGACAUUAAUAUUUAUGCAGAUAUACAUGUACAGAUUCCAAAACCAUGCAACUAUAGACCUAAGCAGAGUACAGUAAGACACAAAUUAAGUAUUCAAAAAGAAGCCACAAAGAAUUCAAGUAACAUACAGCAAGGAGAAAACUUUGACAAAGACAUAGCAACAGCUGAAAGUAAUAUUGAAAAACUGAAAAAGGUUAUCGAACGUUUGGAAAGGAAUGAUAUUAUAGUAACGGAGAUUCACGACAAUGGCAAUGAUAAUGGAAACAGAGUCCAGGAAAACGAUGAUAUUAUGGAAAAAGAAGAAAAAGCAGUUUUCAAAGAUGCUCAUGUCAAUCUAAAGAGAAUUUUGCUACAGAAUUAUAUUGUACCAACAAAUAGUAAUAGUUACGACAUAACCAAUGAAUUUAGAGACGGACCAUCAAAUGUAAAUGAGUAUUCAGCGUCGAAUAACAAUGAAACAAGUCCCGAAAAACAUGGCAAAGUAAUAAUAGAAAUAAAUACAGAAAAUGACGAAGAAAGCACUCAUAAUAAGAUCACAAUCAAAGAACAUGACAAUGCUGAAGAGAAAGUCGUUUUUAAAGAAGCUUAUGUUAACUUGAGACGUCUGUUAUUAGACAAGUACGCAACAAAUAUCGAAGAACCACAUACAGAAGAAAAUAUUGAAACAAAUAAUAACAUAAGAGUGUAUUUAAAAACGAAACACGACAUAGAUAAUAUUGUUCAUGAAACUGACAAAAAUACUGACAGUAUACUAGAAUUACCAAAAGCUACUGAAUCAGUUGACAAUGAAAGCAGUUUCUCUUUAGCUGUGAAACAACAGUUUGAUGAUCUGAUACCAGGGACUAGUGAUGGACUUAAGGGAGUAGUGUAUGAGGCAAAGAAGGAGAGUGAAGGAGUGAAGGGAGAUAAGAAACAUGUUUUGACUCAUGUCAUCGAUGGAUUCAUUAUUCAGGAGUCGAGUUAUCCCUUCCCAGUCCAAAAAUCUUUCCCUUUGAUGACCACUUCAUCAGCACUAGAGCAGAUCAGCACUCAGUAUACUGCAGAUGAAUUAGAAGAAAAAAUAAUAGGCGAUAAUGAAAAUUUUGAUGGACCAGAACAGUACA